GUACCCAACGUGAAGACUGAAGUAUCGCGAUGUUUUCUUCUUCUUCUUCUGUCUUAUUUGGUUCACUGCGCACCUCGAACCGAUGAAAUGACUUAUGCUGCCGACUGCUGUUCCAGAUGUGUGCUACACCGCGUCUUCAUACUGAAGAAUAUACUAACGUUAUAUAUUACAUUAAUAUAUAUAGAGAGAAACAGAGCGACAGUAUGUAACUUAAGUGACGGACCCCACUAGCCGACUUUCGGGCAGCUUGGUUUCAACGGGUCUGGCGGGCACGUGAAGGCAGCAGUGCGGUUCGUCCACUCAUGAGCGAGCACGACCUGACGUCACCAAUGUAAACAAACAAGAAGCCGCCAUUACGGUGAGGAGAAGCUGCCGUCGGAGUUCCGUGGAUCGAUCCGGGUUGUGAGCUACUCCCGCGGCUUCAGCGGCUCGUGCUGUUCAGUCCCUCUGGCGGAACGUAUCCGGGCGCGUCUCUGUGUGUCUUAACUCCGUUUCCGGUGUCUCAACGGCCACUAAAGGUCGGUCUGUCAGCGGCCAUAACAGCGACCCAGACGGACCGGAGCAGGUGCUCGGCGGGUCUCACCGUGUCCUUGUGGCGCACGUCCGAGACCAGAGACAUGAGGGACCCGAGACUCAGCCGCGAGACCACUACCAUCAACACGGAGCUGGUUCUGAACCGCGUCCCCGAGGAUGACCCGUUCGCUGAGUACAUGUGGAUGGAGAACGAGGAGGAGUUCAACCGGCAGGUGGAGGAGGAGCUCUGGGAGGAGGAGUUCAUGGAGCGAUGCUUCCAGGAGAUGCUGGAGGAAGAGGAGCAGUGGGAGUGGUUCAUCCCCUCCAGAGACCUCCCGCAGGAGGUCCAGGAGCUUGUGGUGAGUUCAGGUGGUGUGGAGACAGAGGACAUGGGAAACGUUGGACACAAGCCUCACUACUGUCCUUCUGUCCUCCAGAUGAAAAGCAGUCUGAACCCUAACGCCAAGGAGUUCACGCCGGGUAUCCAGAAACAUGUCAUGUGAUCCCUGCGGGCUCCGCCUCCUCCCGUGACAUCAUCAAGGUGUCUGAAGUGUUGCCAAAGUUCUGAUGACGUGUUGCCCAUGGUUACUAGAGUCCUCCCCGCCCAUCUGUCUGUCUCGUCUUUCACAUUUAGUUUAGUGGUUUUCAGCCAGAAUCCUUGUGUGAGCCAUCUGACACGUUUUUUUCUAAAUGAAUACAAAGUUAUGUAUAAAAAGUAAUAUAAAGAAAACAAUAAUCUAUUUUUCCUUAAAUCUAUUUGAAAUAAAUGUUUUAUUGGAAAAAA